AAAACCAAUAGGUCCCCACUUCACCUUGCUUUCUAUUUCCAACACCUCCCCCUACAUUGGAUGCACAUCUACUUCCCUCUGCAACUCCCUCCUUUCCCACCUCCACGUCCAUGGCAAUUCCAAGAGGAUCUUGUCUCUUGUGAGGCUUUUGAGAUUGAGAAGAAAGAAAAGGGUCAAUUUUUAAUUUUUGAGAUUUUAUUUUUGUUUAUUUUUUGUUAAAUAUCAUUUGGAAAGGUAUAUACAUGUGUAAUUAGGGUUCUUGAUUGUACUGUGAUUUUGAGGGUUCUGGUUAGUUUUAUGAUGUAAGGUAACUGAGGUUGCUCAGAGGGUGAUGAUGUUAUGUUAUAAGGUUGUUACUUUUGGACAAAUAAAUUGAGGGUCUGGAUUGGAUCCUAUAUCUGGUUUUGGUUUUCUCUUCAACAUGGCGGUAGAUGAUUCGUGUUUUGUUGAAUGGAAAGAACAAUUUGUUUCGCAAGAGCGCGGUCAUCGUGUGGUUCACUAUUACCUAAAGGAUUCUGCUGGAGAAUCAUUCCUUGCAGUUGUUGGCACUGAGAGGAGUGUUAGACACAUGUGCUAUGUUAUUGCUGAGGAUUUCCUUGAAAUAUGUGGAAUGGAGGGUUUGUUUCCACCGGGUUUUAAAUGGAGAUCUAGAAGAGAAGUGGUCGAUUGGCUGACUUCGAUGUUAUCAAAGCAGCAUCUGCAGGGUGAGAGAAGCGUAAGGCCUGCUCAUAAUUUGGAACUAGCUCAUGAGAUCACAAAUGGUAAUGUUGAAGAAGUUACCGGUGUUUCUGCCCAAAUGGUGGAUGACAUGGACUUUCCAAAGAGUAACUCCAAAUUAUUCAAUUCAGACAUCGUUUGGUCAGGACUCGCGUGGACAUGCGGCAAACAACUCAAGCAUUAUCCCGCUUUUUGCAGGAACGGCAUCCAAAUAGGGAUUCAGUCCUUUGUUUUUGUCAUGGGCAACGGAGAGAACCAUUAUGUUGCAUAUUUAGACGAUAUGUAUGAAGAUAGAAGGGGGCUGAAAAAGGUAAAAGUAAGGUGGUUUCAUCAUAAUCAGGAAGUCAAGGGUGCAAUUCCCGUACGAAAUCCUCACCCUCGGGAAGUUUUCAUUACAUCUUAUUCUCAAGUCAUCAGUGCCGAGUGUGUUGAUGGACCUGCCACAGUCUUAACUCGCGAACACUACGAAAAAUGCACACCUUAUUUUUCACCCUCUUCGAUAGACAGAAUACAUUUAUGCUUUAGGCAAUUAAAAGGCAACAAAGUCAAGCCCUUCGACUUAAGUAAACUGCGUGGCUACUAUACUCAGCCAGCUCUUUCUUCCUUGCUCGUUGAUAGUAUCCCCAACGCGGAGGCCCACAGCAACAGCCUCACGGGAGAAGAUGAAGAUUUGGAUGUCGGCGAUGAUACAAAGCGAGGAGCCAAAAGGAGUAGAAGCGUUAAGGAUUCUCCUCCUUCUUGUAAUGGUCGACAAGGGGUUAGAAAGUUGAUUAGAAGUAAUCAAAUAAUGGGAUAUCAAACUUUCCAGGUUGUGAAUUAUGUGAGGCCGGAUAGGAGAUUGCUUUCGCUAAAACCUAUUGAAUGUCAACAUUGGUAUAACCCAGUUUACAAGGUUGAUGACAAGAUAGAGUUGCUCUGUCAAGAUAGUGGCAUCCGAGGUUGCUGGUUCAGGUGUACGAUUUUACAGGUUGCUCGGAAAAAGCUGAAAGUCCUAUAUGAUGAUGUUCAGGAUGAAGAUGGAAGUGGAAAUCUUGAGGAGUGGGUCCCUGCUUUUAGGUUGGCCAAGCCUGAUAAACUUGGGAUGAGACAACCUGGCCGACUAACGAUAAGGCCAGCUCCACCUUUUGAAGAACAAGAAGCGAUUGUUGAGGUUGGAACUGCCGUUGAUGCAUGGUGGAGUGAUGGCUGGUGGGAGGGUGUUGUAACUUCAAUUGACAACUGUGGCGAUGACAGCGUUCAAGUCUACUUUCCCGGUGAAAGCUUGCAAAUGACAGUACAUAAAAAGGAUUUAAGAAUAUCUAGAGAUUGGUUCGAUGACACGUGGAUUAGUAUAAAGGCAAAGCCUGAUAUAACCCCAACUAUAUUAACUUCUGAUAGCUUUAACACGAAUCUCUCCUUGUCUCCAUCCAUGGCUAAAGAGGAAAACUCUAAUGGUUUUGCUAAUUCAUGUCAUGACAUUCCUGCUAGUGAGAAGUCUAACGAAGGCGAUAUUUUUGAAGAGAAACUUGUUUGCAGGGAUAUUGCUGAAGAUGAGGCUUGUCUCCAAAAUGAUAAUUCUCCUUCAGAAAAAAAUACUCAAGUUGGUGAUAUCGAAGAUAAUGGUUGUAAUGAUGAUAAAGACAACAGUGAGAAUGAUGAUAACAGGAAUGAUUAUAGUGAGAAUAGGGAUGUAGAGGUGAUUGGGACUUCUGGAGUUGACUGUAAAGGUGCACAACUAAUGGAAGUGGCAGUGUGAUAAUUGUUUCUCCAGAAAUGAUGCAUAAACAUAUGACAGAACUGAUCAUAGUUUUAAAUUGCGGACCCGACUGCAGUUCUGGCCACAAUAUAAUGGUUUUGAACGGCAUCGCAACUGCAAUUAAAGAUGCAUCGGCUGCAUUUGGGUGUAUUUUACUGUAAUAUACAGGUUUGCAAUAUACUGCAAUGGCAAUUGUGAUGAUUGUAGAGCUUUGCCAUCUUGUCAUGCUUUGUUGUAAUGUGUUUCAAUUUUAGUGUUGGUAGAAUGUAAUGUAAAUAGUAGUUGUAAAGGAUAUGAGGAAGCUAACUGGUUUUUAACUUUUUUAGUUGCCUUCAUAUAUGUACAGUGUUGAGUGUAAUGUAGAAGUAUUUGUUUUUGUCCUUUUA